AUGCGAGUGAAAUCGAAAGGUGGUGUUAUUCUUGUUCCACAGGCAGAAGAGUCCACUGACAGCUGUGACAUGCGACGGAGACGAUUGAAUACUUCACUAGUGCCAGCUCGACCAGCUAUGAUUGGUGGCAUUUUUAGUGAGGAGGCGAUAGAUGAAACCCCAUUGAAGGAAACUGAAAUCUAUGGUCUCUGCUUUUUCUUGUAA